GAUUUAGUUCAGUCCAAAGAUGGCAGCCACCAUGAAGAAAGGGGUUGCUGAAGAUGUCAAUGUUACUUACGAGGACCAGCAGAAAAUAAACAUAUUUGCAAGAAACACAAGCAGAAUAACAGAACUGAAGGAUGAAAUCGAAGUUAAAAAGAAGCAACUUCAGAACCUAGAGGAUGCUUGUGAUGACCUGAUGAUGUUGGAUGAUUCAUUGCCGAUACCGUAUCAGAUUGGUGACGUCUUCAUCAGUCAUUCACAAGAAGAAACACAGGAGAUGUUGGAGGCUGCUAAGAAAGGGUUAGAAGAAGAAAUGGCAUCACUGCAAUCCCGUGUGGAAUCCAUCCAGCAAGUGCUCUCUGAUCUUAAAGUUCAGCUUUAUGCCAAGUUUGGGAACAAUAUAAACCUUGAAGCAGAUGACAGUUAAAUAAUUUAAUUUUCUUGUUUGUUUUUUGUUUGUUUUUUUUCCCCUUGAAUCCUUUUUAUUUUAUUAUUUGCAAAAAUAAACAAUAAGCUUAAAUUCUUCACCACUA